AUGGUGCGGAGGUCACAAGUGUUGCUGGGAAUUCUCUGUUCCCUCCUGCAAGCGAUCGCAAGCAUAAAUACCAAUGGCGUUCGUGUUAGCCUUGAUGCUGUGCUGUUAGAUUAUCAAGGCAGAGAAGUGCAGGCUACAUUCUCGUCUUUGUCUAGCAGUACUGAAGCGAGGGAGGAGGAUGGAGGCGCAGACGGGGAGGGCGGCGAGCAGGAGGCGCUCCGCGACCCCAACAGAAUCUUCUGGUGGCUGACUUCUACCACCGAGGCGUCCGUCAGCGCUGAAGCCAACAGCACUGUGGCCGCGACCGCGCCUGCGUCCACCUGCGGGGUUGGCGAGCGCAUUGUGGGGGGCACCGUUGCGGCUGCGGGAGCGUGGCCGUGGACGGCGGCGGUGCGCUCCAAGAGCGGCGGCCACUUCUGCGGCGGGACGCUCGUGUCGUGGCGCCACGUCGUCACCGCCGCCCACUGCAUCAAGGGCGGCGAGAGCAGGUUCCCGCUCAAGGUGUCGGUGGGAAUCCACAGCGUCCACAGCUCGGGCAUCUCGGCGGACGUGGCGCACGCCCUCUACCACCGCUCCUACGCCAAGGGCUCCGCCUACAACAACGACAUCGCGGUGCUCGUGCUGACGAAGGCGGUGGGCCCUGCGUCCGGCGUGGCCCUCGCGUGCCUCCCUUCGCCAGGCGCCGCCCUUUCCUCCGGCUCGAGGGUGACGGUCGUGGGCUGGGGCGCCACCUCGGAGGGCGGCCCGUCCAGCCAGACCCUGCGGCAGGUGGAGGUCGACGUGCUGGAGAGCAGGAUCUGCAGGUCCUCCUACGGGCCCUCGUUCGACGCUCAGAAGAUGAUCUGCGCAGGAAGGGUGCAGGGCGGGAAGGACUCCUGUCAGGGCGACUCCGGCGGACCUCUCACCCACCGACAAGGCCGCUGGACUCUGGUGGGCGUGGUCAGUUACGGUAGCGGGUGUGCACGCCCUAACUUCCCAGGUGUGUAUUCGAGGGUGUCCCAUUAUGUCUCGUGGAUAGGGGAAGCCAUGCGCGCUUACCCUUGA